CAAAGCAAUUUCUUCUUCCUUUCAUCUUCUUUCUUUCCUGCAGAGCCAACUGAAAAAUCAAUCAACCGAUCAUGGCCGCCUCCUCCUCUACAUCCUCUUCUUCGUUAUCAGAUUCAUCUUCUUCCUCUCGUGAUUUACGCCGUCGUCGACGCCGUAGAAAAGAUAGAGAAGAAUCUCUUAAGAUCCGUAAAAAGACCAGCAGCAGCAGCAGCAAAGGUGGUAGUAGCUCCAGAACGAAACGGAAACGAAAGCAUCACGAUUCUGAUGAUUAUUCUUCCGAUUCUUACAGUUCUACAAGUUCUUCUGAGGGCGAGGCAUCCUAUCACAGAAAAAAACACAAAAAGAAUGACAAAGUAAAGAAGUCCAAGGAGAAAGAUAAAAGCAAGUCACAUCGGCAUAGACGUCAUAAGCACAAGUCAAAAGAGAAAUCACUGGCUGAGAGGAGUAGCAGCCCUGUUCAGCUUUCAAAGUUCUUGGGACGCGACAAAGAAGACGGUGUACGCCGAAGUGCUGUAUCUGGGAAAAAGAUUUUGUUGAAACUUGACAAGUCGAAGGAGGACAAAUUGGCAGAAAACAACCGCAAUGAGUUGCUUAAAUUUUUGAACGCCAGUUACGACUGAGAUUGUAUGCAAGUUGCUUGGUGAUGUGACUGGUUAUUGUCUAAACACGAUAAGCAUGGAUCAUCUGCGAAGUGGAUAUCAGUUUCUCCUUUAAUGAUUAGGUGAUUUUGUCAGGAAUACAUGUUUUUGUUUAUCUAUGAUGUGAAAUGAAAGUUACUGUAAUGCGCUCGAGUUACAAACAUCUUGGAGACAGAUAAACUUACUGUUUUUUGUGCUACAUAUAUAUUAUGUCAGAACAUUCUGAAGAAUAUUUCUUACUUGAAAUGUCAAUCUAGUUGUUCAAUA